AUGGUGUUUGAAUAUUACGAAGGAGGAGUACCACGACUUCCUCGCAUAGAAAAUGAGCAAUAUAAGUUACAAAUUAUUCGUAAAUUAGCAUGUCAACUCUUGAUCACAUUGAUGCACACGCGAAAAUGGGGAAUCCUGCAUGCAGACCUCAAAUUGGAGAAUAUAGUCUGUACCACAGGUAUGUCGACUUAUUUUGUCAAUGACGAUGACGAACUAUCGUUUAAUCUGCUAAGCAAUGGUGUGUUGCGUCCAGCUACCUCCCUCGAUCUUCGAGUCAUUGACUUUGGUAAUGCAAUGAAACUGGAGGAUGUUGUAAAGUAUUUUGAAACAUUUCAAGUUCAAACACUUGCGUACAGAGCGCCCGAGGUGAGAAUGCCUUUACGUUUUUACCUCAUGAGAAAUUGA